AUGAAAAACAAACCUCAACAACAAAGAGGGCUCGGAUUGGAUGCAUAUAAUUCCGAUAAUGAAGAAGGUGAAUCCUCUUCAUCAUCUAAUGCACCUUCGGAGGAUUAUAAAUCAAAGAAAAAAGGAGUUGCCAAUAAGAGGAGUCAAGAGGAAAUUAAAAACAAAAUUGUUACAUUAACUAAAAAACGAAAACAAGACGUUGGAAGUAGCGAACAAAAUUGUACAAUUUCAAAAAUUGAUGAUAGUUUCGAUUCCUUCAAAACCUAUAUUUAUUUACCUUGUAAAUUUUUGGAUGAUUCCACGUCAUUAAUUGAGAUGUUACUGAGGGAUGUUCUUUAUAGAGAUCCGUAUAAUUUAUUAUUAUUUUCACCUUGUACUACAGAUCCGUUCUUUGUUGGACAUCAUGUGAGUCUUUCAAAGACAUUUAAUGUUAAAAAGAAUUUAGCUUCUGAAUUUAGACUCUCUUUGGGAGAGGUAAUGCGAGUAAAUACACGCCUUCCAAUCAAGAUUGCAUUUAAAAGUAUAAGCAUGUAUUUGGGAUCCAAUGUAGCAGCAAAAUCAGAUAUUACACCGACAUAUGCUAUUUAUUUAGCAUUUGACUUGACAGAUGAAUACGAAGAAAGAAUUGUAUCUUCUCUUUCAAAAGCAUUCUGUACCAAAGGUGAUUAUUUCGAUAAUGGAAUGCAUGCCUUAAUUGACGAGGAAAGCUUAUGGUUUUCCAAACUUCACGUAUCGUUCGCAUGUAGAUUAUUCAAAGAUAGGGAAUCACAGGUUGAAUAUUACAAGGAAUGCCUCACAAAUAUCAGCAAAAUUGACUACCAGGAUAAUAGUGACUAUCCAACAUCUUUCAAAAUUUGUUCCAUUAACACAGCUGUACAACACAUGGUUGGAUCUGAUCUUUCACAAUCUAAAGAAAAUAGAAUAAGUGUCACAGAUGCACGAAAGAAAAUACUCUCCACAACACAAGUCGAAACAAUUGAGAUUGUAAUGGGUUCCAAAACAUUCAGCGUCGACAUUCCUCAUUUGGAAGAGCCUCAAAUGAUCAAAGAAACUUGGCAAAUAACUUUGAGUAUUAAUAGGUCGGAAAGUGAUUCAGAUUCGGAUGGUUAA